AUGGCAAAUUUUCGAUUUUCUUCAUCUAUGGAAAUUUUAAUGAUGGCUGUUGGUAGUUUCUGUGCUAUUGUUCAUGGAGCAGCCCAGCCAGCAGUGUUGAUUGUGCUUGGUGCAAUGGCAGACACAUUUAUUGAAUAUGACAUUGAGAUGCAAGAGCUGAAAGACCCAGGCAAGACAUGUGUAAAUAACACUAUAGUGUGGAUUAAUGGUACUAUUCAUCAGAAUGAAAAGAACACCACAAUAAGAUGUGGGCUGCUGGACAUUGAACAAGAAAUGACCAAGUUUGCAAGUUACUAUGCAGGAAUUGGUUGUGCUGUACUUGUGUUAGGAUACCUCCAAAUCUGCUUUUGGGUUACAGCCGCAGCUCGUCAGAUACAGAAAAUCAGGAAAGCUUAUUUCAGGAAAGUAAUGCGAAUGGAUAUAGGCUGGUUUGACUGUACAUCUGUAGGAGAACUGAACACUCGAAUUUCUGAUGAUGUUAACAAAAUUAAUGAGGCUAUUGCUGACCAAGUAGCAAUUUUUAUCCAGCGCUUAACCACCUUUGUGUGUGGAUUCCUACUAGGAUUUAUCAGUGGCUGGAAACUGACCUUGGUUAUCAUUGCAGUCAGCCCUCUGCUUGGGGUUGGAGCGGCUGUCUAUGGCUUGGCUGUGGCAAAACUAACAGGCCAAGAAUUAAAGGCUUAUGCAAAAGCUGGAGCUGUGGCUGAUGAAGUGCUCUCAUCCAUCAGAACAGUGGCUGCUUUUGGUGGGGAGAAGAAAGAAGUGGAAAGAUAUGAUAAGAAUCUGGUGUUUGCUCAGCACUGGGGAAUUCGAAAAGGAAUAAUAAUGGGAUUAUUCACUGGUUACAUGUGGCUUGUAAUUUUCCUAUGUUACGCGUUAGCCUUUUGGUAUGGCUCUAAACUUGUCCUUGAAGAAGAAGAGUAUUCACCUGGCACUCUUCUGCAG